AUGGACUAUACGAAUCGAUCAUCUUGUAUCGAAUCGCGGUCUUUGAUGGUGGAGGCGCGGGGCCAGGCAGUGGAUGAUGGUGGCUUAGGGCCCCCAAAACCCAACUGUCGGGGACGGAUCUCGGUGGAUUAUCAUGCAGGUAAGGAGCGCCUGGAUUUGACAUGGAAUCUACUCGAGAAUGCGAAUGUGGUAGGCAGCGAGAUUUCGGGUACCUGCAAUUUUGCAUUUGUACUCAGUGUCUACGUAACAAAUCAGAGGGAAAUCAGGGGCUCUUGA